UGACGUCUUCUGCGCGGAGAAAGCUGCUGGUUUUGCGCUCUCCCUCCAAGCAAAAAACUCGUGGAAAUGUGCUGUUUUUCGUGACAGCCAAGUUGUAGCCUACCCUGGUACUGACAUUGCUGUGUUUCGUAAUAAAGCCAAGGUUUCGCAUUUGUCCUUAUUCUCUCUCGAAAAGCAAAAUGUGGUGAUCACUCAUGAGGAUGGCUUUACGCGGUUGUGAUACGCAGUCUACUCAUCGAAAUGGCAGCCAGUGAGAUGCAGGGCACAUGAACAGAAGCUCUUUCAACACACUGCUCGCGAUGGAAAGAGUCGACAUCAAUGAGAGCAGCAGUAGUGUGCAGAGUAAUGAUGAGCGUGUGGCUCUCCUCGUCUUCCUGUCCCUCAUCAUGCUCAUGAGCAUACUGGGCAACCUGCUGGUCAUGGUGGCUGUGUGCAAGGACCGCCAGCUCAGGAAGAUAAAAACCAACUACUUCAUCGUGUCGCUGGCCUUUGUGGACCUGUUGGUGUCGGUUCUCGUGAUGCCAUUUGGUGCCAUCGAGCUGAUCCACCAAGACUGGAUCUUCGGUGAGACCUUCUGCCUGGUGCGCACCUCGCUGGACGUCCUGCUGACAACCGCCUCCAUUCUGCACCUCUGCUGCAUCUCCCUGGACAGGUACUAUGCUAUCUGCUGCCGACCGCUGGUCUACAGGACCAAAAUGACGCCGGUCCGUGUAGUGCUCAUGAUUGGGGGCUGCUGGGUGAUCCCCACCGUCAUCUCCUUCCUACCCAUAAUGCAAGGCUGGAACAGCAUCGGAAUUCAUGACUUGAUCGAACAGCGAAGGAUCGUGUCCAACAACAGCACAGCAUGUGUCUUCAUGGUGAACAAGCCCUACGCCAUCACCUGCUCUGUGGUGGCCUUCUAUAUUCCGCUGGGCCUGAUGGUGUUGGCCUACCAGCGCAUCUAUGUGACGGCGCGGGAGCAUGCGCGGCAGAUCGGCGCCCUCCAGAGGGCCGGGGGAGCCGUGGCACCACUGUCCUCCUCCUCCUCUGGCCAUGUGCCACACGGCAUCAGUGCCGACCACCAGCGUAACAACAACCGCAUGCGCACGGAAACCAAGGCGGCCAAGACUCUGUGCAUUAUUAUGGGCUGUUUCUGCCUGUGCUGGGCACCAUUUUUUGUCACCAACGUGGUAGACCCUUUUAUCGACUACACGGUCCCCGAGAAGCUGUGGGCGGCGUGCCUUUGGCUGGGCUACAUCAACUCCAUGCUGAAUCCCAUCCUCUACGCCUUCCUCAACAAGUCCUUCCGGCGCGCCUUCCUCACCAUCCUCUGCUGCGGUCACUAUAAGCGGUAUAUGAAGCGGCGGCAGCGGAGGCGGCCUUCGCUCAUCCUCGGUGGGGGUGGUGGCCCACCACGCACAACGUCCUAUGCCGCCACUACACAGAUCAACGGCUCCAUGCACAUGCUGAAGUACGCAGCUCUCACCAACGGGAAACACACUGAACAGAAGCUGUCAAUUCAACAAGACACAGAAUCACAGGAGUCUUGUUUCUGACACACACACACACACACACACACACACACACACACACACACACACACACACACACACACACACACACACACACACACACACACACACACAGACUCUAUCUCUUCCACAGACUCUGAUCAGAGCAGCAGUGACGCUCUCUCCCAGCGGGAGUGGAAGGCGUCUUCCCUCCCCCAACCUCGGGCUGCCUCUGCUCAAAUCUCUGGGACAAACAGUUUGAGGUGGUUAGCUGCCGCAACCUUAAUGACUAUGAAAUGACAAGAUGCAGUAUAUUGCCAAAGGUAUUAAUUUUGUGAUUACAAGAAAGUAAUAAAACUUUAUUUUUUCCUAUGUAUAAAACAACGAUGUAUUACAGUUUUUUUCUCAAUGGUUUACACACAAAUCUUUGCACAACUUGAGACACAGCCAACACAACAGGCCAACUCUCUGAAAACAUUCUGUUCAAUUAAUUGCACAAAUUUCUGAUUUGCACUGAAAUUUCAAAAACACAAUUUUCAACAAUUUUCUUGAAGAAAGUUUUCCCUAAGUCAUAUAUUUUCAUAUAUUUACAUAUUAUAAUGAUUAUAUUAUUAUUAAAUACUGGGAAGCAUUGCUUGUGAUGAGGAUGAGAUCUGGUGGCCACACCGAAAAGGAGGAUACAGCGUAGUUUUUGUAGCUUUAUUGGGUGCAGUAAAUUGUUCUUGUUAUUUUGUAUGUACCCCAGGUGGGGGUUUGUGCUAUUGGGAUAUGUAAAUGAUAAGUCAAAUCUAGUUUUAAAGUCUGGCAACCUGAUGCAAGUGAUUUUUUUUAUUUGGCUUUAGACCGGAAUAGUUUUGUUCACUUUUUGUCGUAUGUUAGCAAUGAGGUUCCACUAAAGAGAAUUUAAAGCUGACAAUGAUUAAAGGCACACCAUGUAAUGUUUUCAAGUUAAUUACCUGAAUAAGUCAGAUGACUAAAGAAUAGGCCUCUUUCUCAACCGCUUCUGCUGUCUGUGGGCUUGAGAACCAUUCUUACAAAAUGUGGCAUCACAGCCCUUUUAAGCCGGAUUCAGACAUGGCGUUAGCCCGUUCAUAGUUCACGUGGGUUAAUAGCGUGUGCCGUCACGUGACACAAAAUGACGCUGCGCUGCCCGUCGCAAGCUCAAAAUUCUUGGUGGGGCGCGAGGUCGUGCACCCGACAUUUUUUCUAUCUUGGCAUGCGUCCAUCAGCAGCAACCAGGUAGGCAGACAGAGCAGGAGAUGACUAGCUAACAGUUGCCUAUAGAAGAGUAGCCGAGAUACAGCUACUGGACAACA